AUGCAGUGCGUAUUGGAGUAUUGUAUUAGUUUUGCAGAUCGAGCUCGAAAGCGUUCGUCGCCGACAGGACCUAUAUCGCACUCAAAGCACAAUCAAGUUUUGCAGAGGACCAUCAAAUAUACGCAAAAAAGGCAUUUCUCCGAUAUACACAUACAAAUUCAAAAAAGCAAGGAUAUUGUACCAACUACAAUGGCUCAACUGGUUCCAUUUAUAGACCAGACAGGGAUGAUUCGUGUUGGAAGGUACCUGAAACAUUCAAAAUUGAAUAACAGAAUGAAACAUCCAAUAUUACUACCACAACAGUGCCAUCUCACGGAGUUACUUAUCCGGCAUUAUCAUCAGAUAUUGCUCCACAGUGGAGCAGGCAUAACACUCUCGAUAAUAAGCCAACGAUAUUGGAUAGUAUCUGGUCGAGCAACUGUGUGCCGGGUAGUGAACUCAUGCGUGCCAUGUACGAAAUAUGAGGCAAGUAAUCCUCAACCUGUUAUGGCAGACUUGCUUGUUCCCAGAGUCACAGCACAAUUUCCAUUUUAUAAUAUAGGUAUAGACUACGGUGGUCCACUUGUUGUGAAAGAGAGUCGUCAACGUGGAUUCCGUACGUACAAGGAGUAUCUGGCCCCGUUUGUUUGCGUGGCAUUGAAAGCAUUUGGAAACUGUAACUGA